UCUCAGUGCAUUCUAGACCUCUGAUAUGUGAGUGGAAGACAAAUGGAGCUCUAAUCAGCCGAAAAAUUGCUCUUUUUCUGACUGCGCAGGAGCGCGUGAACGUUCCCGAGACACAGGACGGCGCGCGCAGUCCGUGUUCUGUUUCUCCUCCCGCAGCAGAAAAGACGCAGUGCACGACACCAGAUAAACCGGACACCGGGACACAAGAGCUCAGGGAUAGACACUGAACUGCAAAAAUCAUGACGUUGUCGCUGUGUCAAAGAAAUGGAAUAACAUUUAAACUUAAAAGGAAAUCUUAAAGAUUUUCACUUCUGGGUGGAGUUCUUUGGCAGGUAUCUUCCCCCCACCUGGAAUUCACUGACAGGGCGACCAGCUUUAGAAAAUGAAAUCUCAUGAGGGAGAACUGGAGAGAGAGAUCUCUAAGGUUCAGGGCAUGGUGUGUGAGUUGCGGGCAGGGUUUUCUCGAGCGCUGCUGGAGCUGAAUCAGAUUCAGCAGGGAGACACUGAGCUGCAGAGCCAGCUGGAGGACACAAGACAUGGCUGCAACAAGCGCUCCCUUCACCUGGAGAGUCUGGUGCUGUCCCUCAAGGAGGAGCUGGAGGAGGUACGUUGUCAGUUUCGUCAACUCUGUGAGGCACAAGAGAGAACGCCACCAGAGAAUCCAGGAAGAGAGAAUAAUGGAGUGGACGACAGUAGCGGACAGAGUAAUGGUGCUGCAGAGGCUCCUCCCCUUUCAUCUGUGGGUGGAGAUUUCCUCAUACACUGUUACCUGCAGGGAUUACAGGUGUGGCAGUGGGCCAGACAGAAUUCAGGUGCAGAUUCUCUAUCCUGUCAUGUAACACACAGCUGCCUACGGCGGGGCAGGAGGCGGGGUGUGGUGGAGAUGCUGUUGCAGUCUGAACGUGAUUAUGUGUCUAGUUUGAAUCAGCUCUACGAGAAAUACAAAUCUGCUGAGCAAAAUGUGGCGUUUGUAAAGCACAUUGAUCAGAUGCUACAGCGCCACCUGCUGUUCCGUAACACCCUAGAAGAACGACUGACCACCGAUGAGAGAAGCUGUGCUGCUGGGGAUGCUUUCCUCAACCUCAUUGGACAGAACAAUAAGUCUUUCUCUGAUGCAUAUCUUGGAUACGUGGCCAGUCUGGGAACUGUCCUGAGAACAGAGAUCAGUACAACUUCACCCCACAGCGACCCACAAAAUGCACAGGAGGAGAAAGAGAGCUUCAGACUGCUUUCAUUACUAUUUGCUCCUGUUUCCCGCAUCCACAAAUACCUGAACAUCAUACAGGCUCUGAUACGCAGUUCUGGCUCUGGACAUGCAGACUGGUGUUCACUGCAGGAGAGUGAGCGGGUGCUGUGGGACCUCUGCACAAGCUGUCACAUGACUUUAGCAAAGACCGGGCCGUGCAAAGAGGGGGAGGGUCCUGAACAAGGUUUUAGAAGCAGGUGCUGUGCUGAGAGCCCCGACUGUGGCCCUUCCGCUUUUACCAAGUACUGUGCCAACACUAAUGCGAAUACAGCCAGCGUCACAGCGGGCGCAGGCAUAGACAGCACUGUACACCAGAGGAAAUGCUGUCGUGUUGGCAUGUCACGGACGCUACCUCGGCCCAGUGGCAUUUUAAGGUACUCCAGCGUAAAAAAAAAAAAUAUAUAUAUAUCAAUGCAGCCUAUUGAUCUUUUAAAAUCUGAAAAAAAAAAAAAAAAUCUGAUCAACCUCAAUAUGAAAGCAGUUUCUAUCUGAUUGCAAAAGAUGAUG